CACAGAUUUUGUUUACACAGCAGACAUCUAAGUAACCUCCUUUAUCUUAAAUUGUGUGACUGGUGAAUUUAAAUAUUGUUUUUGUAGUGUAUCUUCGUUUGUUGCAAAUGUGUACCUUUUAUGAAAACAGUUUAAAACAUAACGAUGUUGUUUAAAUGAGUACCACAUAUUUAUAAACACUAAUAUGGGCGACGAUGAGGGUGCUGCUUCAAAGCUUUUUAACACGAAAGUGUUAUUAGGAUUGGUGGCAGGAGCAGGGUUUUCAUAUGGGCUUUAUAAACUGAUAUUUUCUGGUGGAAAUCAUGGAAAGAAACGCGAAUUUAGAGCAGGAGGAGAUGACGCCUGGAAUAUUUCCAUGCAACCAGGAAGUUUACUGGAGCGAGUAUCUGGAUUGCCGUUGGUUCAUGAAAAAAACGAUUUGACAGCUAAUGGAUCAACAACAGAUGAACUGCUUUUAAAGUCUACAAACAGCCUGGAACCACACCACCUGGAGAUGCUGCUUUCUUUGCUGCAGACAAAUUCUGAUCCUUCCGCAAGAAUACAGGUUUUAGUCACUUUAGGUAACAGUGCUGCCUUCUCGGUGAAUCAGGACUAUAUUCGUAAAAUGGGUGGCCUUCAGAUCAUUGGAAACUUGUUGUCUGAUGCUGCUUUUGAUGUCAGAGUUCAGGCUUUGAAUGCCCUGAACAACCUGAGCAUGAAUGCCACAAACCAGGAACAAUUAAAGGUCUACGUAAGGCAAGUUUUGGGGAUCAUAGAGACGUCACAUUUGAACUCUGACCUACAGCUGGCAGGACUGAGAAUGCUAACAAACAUGUCUGCCACAAAUAAUUACCAAUACCUGAUGAAGAGCUCCAUUACUCUGUUUCUCUCUCUGCUGGUUGUUGGCAAUGUAACAUUGCAGAUACAAGUUCUAAAAAUACUUGUGAAUUUCUCUGCUAAUCCAGACAUGGUGGAAGACAUUCUUCGAUCCCAGGCACCAGUCUCCCUGGUUUUGUUGUUCGACAGCUGCACCAACACAGAAGUUCUUCUUCGCGUGCUGACCUUUGUGGGGAAUUUAAAAGACUGGACAACUUCCACCCACGUAACUGAGAUUCUCAAACACAGCAAAGAUUCUCUCUACUCUGUGCUGUAUGGAGAUUCUUCCGAGUUCCAUCAGAGACUCCCACUGUUACUGUCACACCCUGACGGAGAAGUGAAAAGCCAGGUGGCAAAGAUUAUGACUUAAGUAUUGUGAUAGUAAUGGUACAAUCACUGCCCUCACACAGUGUCAGACUAGAAUGUUUUUUUUUUUUUCUUCUCAAAACUGUGUCCACUAGAAAGAGUUGUUUUUCCUAAAGGACACAUAAAGUGCAUAUUAAGCAUGUUCUGUUUGUUUUUUUUUAAAUCUAUUUAACUUGUAUAUGUAGUAAAUGUUGUUGGCAGAUAGCAAGCUAAGGUUUCAAGUUAACAAUGUGACAAAAUGAAAAUUCAUUUUGGCCCCUGGAUGGUGUUAUCUUGACAUUAAGUUUUUUGUUGUUGUUGCUGAGUGUGACUGGGACAGCUCCAUGGUCUCAUCAUUCCCUUGGACUGCCAUUUGUACCAUGUUACAGAUUAUCAUACUAAAAUAACUCAUUUUUAACUUUUUAUUCAGGGACAUGUAUUAUUUCCUGUAAUAGAUGUUCCUCUUAUAUAGGGAUAUAAAAUGAAUUGCUGAUAAAAUGAGUAUAAUAAAAAGGAUACAGUACAGCCCAUUAAUCAGCAUAGCACUUAGUGCUCUCUUAUUUUCAGACACACUGGCUGCAGUAUGUAAACAGUAUGGUACAUAGCACACAUAUGAUGUUCAUUAUCCUAAAUAAUUUAACUGGUUUGAUACAAUAAUUGUUAAACAGUAAAAACGACAACCUGUUUUGUUUUUGUGCUUUAAUGUACACUAGAGGUCUUCACAGGUCCAAAUUAAUCAACUCGACCGAUGUAAAAUUCUUGUUAUAGACCCGGAUCCGACCCGGCCCGAAAAAAAAGUGGAACGAUUUUCCUUUCCCCAGUUUAGUAUGUGCACUGGCUAGUUAAAGUAUUAAAGCAGUGUUUUUUUCUAGCCAACCUGGAAAUCAAGCUAAACUACAGACAUAUAGUUUGUAUAAAAGAUACAAAGAUAAAAUAGGUUAUCUGAAAAUCAAAGAACUGAAGUACGAUCCCGUAAAUGCGUGAUUUUAUUACAAACUAAACAUGAACAAAUGGAAUUGAGAUGUAAAAUAUGUGUUUUGCAAAACUUGUUUUCCUUCUUUGUCCACACUAACAACAACUGAGUCCCACAUUGCAGGCUUGCAUUUUUCUGUAAUCUUCUGUUCAUGGAAUUUGUUUUUCUUUCACGUCCUUCAUAAACAAAUCCAUUACUCUGACUUUUAAGCAUGAUCUAAAAGAAACCCCUUCGAUAUGGGCUAUGUCAUCUGUCAUCAUGUGGCAAGCCAUGUCAUGUGUUGCUGGGGAAGCCAAUCCACGCAACAAGAGUAAUAAACAAUGAUUUUUAGUACCAGAGCCUCUUUAAUAGUAAAAUAGACAGUUUGUGUAUUACCGAGUAAACAAAAUCAGACCCGACCCGACCCAAGGGUUGCGUGACAAUUUUGCACCAGAAAACCCGUUCGGUACAGGUCAGGUCUCGGGUCCUGGGGUCCGGUUAGACCCCAGAGACCUCUCUUGCAUAUUCCUCAUUGCACCUCAAUGACAUUUUCCCAGAUCCCUACUAUUGCACAUUUACUACAGUAUGCAUGUCUUGAAGACAGGGAAAUAGUGAAGAAGCCAGACAUACCUACCUUAGUUUGACAUCUAGAGAACUGCUUAUCAAAAUAUGCUGAAACUUGGUUUGGACAUUCUUUAACACUACUAUACUUGCGGAUAUAAAGUGGUGCCUAUCCAGCUGUCUUUACUUACUGUAUGCACAGACCUUGGACCCAUAAAAAUGGACACAUAAAUGACUACUGAAUAGUUCUGCAUUAAAAAGUUUAAUUUGGAAAUGAGGUGGUGCUCUAUGUGAAAUAUUUUAAAAACCUUUUGUCCAAAAUUGACUUUUUUUUUUUUACAAAUAACAUUUUACCUUUUCAAACAUGAUGAAACUCCUCAAACUGCAGUUUGUUUUAUGUCAUGAGAAUAAAUCAGACUUUUAUUUUUCAUCAAGUUUUCAAAGCCAAAAUCCAUCGACACCUUUUUAGGGCUUAUCAUUCUCAUAACUGUGUGAAUAUUUGUCUGCAUUAAUGAAAGGAGGUACAAAGACCUAAUAACAAGUUCCACAUGCUAUAAACUCCAUGGCAGGUGCAGAACAACAAUAUUUUCAGUUCAAGAAAGUUUUCAGAAAGGUUGUAUAGUACUUCAGUACCUAACUCACGAGAGUUAAAGCUUUGUGAACAGGGCAACAUCAUCUAGAAAUACACAACUCCCAACAGCACAUAUUAAGAAAUCUAGUUUUUUAGAUUUGGCAUUUAUUUGGCAAAUGCAAAAAGAUAUGUUUGUGAAAAAGUACAGUUCUUAAUACAGGCAAAAUCUAGGUUUAUAAACCACCACUUCAUGUUUACUCAAAAAAUAAAGUUAAUAAUAUUCAUUAAAACUGACCUGCAUUUUACAUCUUUUGUAUUCGAAAUACAAGACUGGUAAUCACUAACUCUCUUUAAAAGGCACACUUCUUAAGGCCAUCUCUAUAUAGUAUUUAAUACUUCUUCCUACUUCCUAAAUAUGACAAGCCUUCCUCAUGAUUUUUUGUAAUUGCAUGUGCUUUUGCCAGCUACAGUACCCAGCACAUUAAUUUUGUGCCUACUGUUGGCAUCUAUAUUCCACACAGGUCCUAUACAACUUGCUUAAUGUUUUAAACCCAUUUCUGUUUUUCUAAAUUAGCUGCUCUUUACACAUUCAGGACAUGAAGAGAAUGUUGUGUCCUGAUUGUGCUGCUUCAUUGGUAUUUACAAUAACAUUUGUUAUCAAAUCAGCACACUGACUGUUAUCAAAGAAUCAACACACUGACAUUCUGAACUACAAAGAUCAAGGUAAAAAUAAUUUGUGUUGCACUGCUGUUGGUUCAUUUCUCACCCCACUCCAACUUCCAUUCUGAUGCAAUAUUCAUCAUAUUUAUAAACUUACUUAAUGAGAAGGUUCCAAAACUUGUUAGCAAGCAUGCAGCAAAUAUGGCAAAGUACAGUACACAUCUGUUUACCGUUGUCUUUGAACAAUACUAAGCAGCUGAAUUCCAAAGCACAUUUUGUAUUUUCAUUAAAUGUUUUGCCACUAUUGACUUUCUCCUGUCUCAACAGUGAAACAUGUCCGUGCUUAGUUUUAUUACAUCAAUAAUGUUAGAGACCACACACCGCCUCUUUUUAUACUGCACCUUGAUUGAAACCGGUAUUCCAUUGAGAAUAUAUAGGCUAACUUCAUUAUAACAAACUCUUCUUAUAAUGAACACCCGUUUUUAAUGAUCCCAACAGCGAGAACCGAUUUUUUCAAUGCAAAUUAACUCUAUUAGAACGAUCACGUACAGGAUCGACCCGGAUAGAACGGUCUCAGUACUCACUGCCACUGAACUUUUUCCAGUGUCAAGUGUGUUACUCUCUCAGGUAUAACAAAGACCAUGGUUGACCAAUUCAAAGAUAACGCUAAUUCAAAG